UUUUGUCAAUCACGUUGCCGCGGUUUGGAAGGAGGGAGCGCAUUGCGACCUGAGCUUCCUCGCGCACGAGGAGCGGCCGUUGGGGGCGCGCGCUUCGCCGAUCCCCAGCUGUGCUGGCGCGCACAUGCACGAAAGUCGGGUUCACUGGCUUUGAAGUGGCCCGAGGCGCACAUGGUACUUCCUGUCCCGAAGAAUGGAAAGCUUCCAGCUCGAGCCGACUCCGCUGCGAAUCUCUGCGCGCUUCUUCAGUUCCCUGCUCCGCUGAUUCCACUCUCGCCGAGGCAGAGCAGAGCAGAGCGGUGCUAAUAUGCUUCGGGAUUAAUGGUUCCUACACGUCGUCAGCACUACUCACCUUGUACUGCAGUUUCACUUUUCGAAGAAGGAAAAAUCUCCUUGCCAGCCGACCUAAAGUACCCUACUCAGGCCCUCCCGUGAAACCGUGGACUUUCCUCCCCCCACCCCACCCCCUUCCCUUUCCCUUUUUCCCCCCGACAGUAAAACUAUUCAACAAGUUGUGUUUGGAUGUGCAUUUGUCAUGCAGGGGCUACUGGAACAGGGCUUUGUGCUUUUCUUCUGCUACACAGUCUGCAGGUUUUUAUUCGCCGAUUCUCUACCCACCUUGACAGAAGAUCAUGUUGGAUCACUACAGGAGAAUGAACUUGAAAAUGUUAUUCAUGUACGGAGACGAAGAGAAUCUGUGGAUCCCUACUGGGAUUAUUCAGGAAACUACGGACCAAAAUAUUGGGCCACGUCUUACAUCAGUUGCUCUGGUGUCAAUCAAUCCCCAAUUGAUAUUGUAGAUCAUAAGACCCGUGAAAAAGAUGACCUGCAGCAAAUCCACCUCGAGGGUUUCGAAACAGAGUCCUCCAAUAGGACGCGAAUGAAGAACACUGGAAAGACAAUUGCUGUGUUGCUGAAGGAUGAUUAUUUUGUUAGCGGAGCUGACCUUCCAACCAGACUUAAAGCAGAAAAACUGGAAUUUCACUGGGGUCAGAAUUGGAGUUCUCCAGGUUCAGAGCACAGCCUGAAUGGAAGAAGAUAUCCUAUUGAGAUGCAGAUUUAUCUUUCAAAUCCUGACAAUGAUGACAUGGACAUGGCAUCCAGAAAAAAUGGUGUUGCAGGAGCAAUGGCGAUAUUCCUUCAGGUCACCCACCAGGACAAUCUUGCAUUGGUUCCCAUUAUCAGAGGGUUGAAGGGAGUCGUGCACCAUGAGAAAGAAACUUUUCUGGAUCCCUUUGUACUGGGCCGUUUGCUGCCAGUAACUCUUGGAAGUUACUACAGAUAUUCUGGCUCCCUGACAAAGCCACCAUGCAGUGAAAUUGUGGAAUGGAUAGUCUUCAGCAGGCCUAUCUCUAUUUCCCUUCAGCAGCUGGAGGCCUUUUAUACCAUAUUUACAACUGAACAGCAAGAUCACGUCAAAUCGUUAGAAUACUUGAGGAACAACUUCCGCCCACAACAGAAUCUGAAUAAUAGAGUGGUCUACAAGUCAGUAGUCAAAGGCUCCUGGAGCCAAGUAACUGAGAACCCUGGGAUCCUACAUAUCACUGAAGUGUGCAGUAGCCCACCUGUGAAUAUGACCGUGCAACCUGUGAACAGGUCUGCUUUACUCGUCACGUGGAACAGACCAGAAACCAUCUACCAUCCUCCAAUUAUAAAUUAUCUGAUCUCCUAUAGCUGGACAAAAGAUGAGGGAGAAAAAGAGCAAACGUUCACCAAAAAGAAUGAUCACAACCUGGAAGCGAUUAUCAAUCAUGUGUCCCUGGAUAAACUAUACCUGUUUCGUGUACAAGCUGUGUGUCAGAAUGAUCUACGAAGUGAUUUUAGCCAGACAAUGCUAUUUCAAGCUAACACAACUAGAAUAUUUGAAGGAACCAGGAUUAUAAAAACAAGAAUGCCUACAGCCUCUCCUGCUGCUUCAGCUGACAUGGCACCAAUCAGCUCUGGGUCAUCUACUUGGACUUCUUCUGGUCUAACUUUGCCCUUUGUUUCCAUGGCAACUGGCAUUGGCCCUUCGUCCAGUGGAAGCCAGACUACUGUAGCAUCUGUGGUAACAAGCACUUUGCUUGCAAGUCUUGGGUUUGGUGGUGGUGUUGUUCCUUCCUUUCCUAGUACUGUGUGGCCUACACGCCUUCCAUCUGUUUCUUCAACCACUAAACACCGAGCAAGAACUGUUGUUUCAACGACUGAAGCAUUGUCGUCCCCAGGCUCAGAGGGUGGCUCUGCUGUGAACAAAACUGGUGAGGCAGAAGGUAAAGAUGAAAAGAAAGACAAUGAUGGUGAGAAAGGAGAGGGAGAAGGAGAGGGUGAUGAUGAAGAAGAAAAAGGCUCAGGAAAAGAUGUUAUAGAAAAAGAAAAAAAAUUUGUGAAUGUAACAACCACUAAGACACAAAAUGAGACUGAGUCAGGGACAUCACCUGAAGGUUCAAGUGGUCCAACCGAGAAGGAUAUAAACCCGACCAGUGAACUAGACCUUUCAAACACAACUGUGAGUGAGGAAAAUACCACCUUUCCACAACCGACAAUGGAGCAGACGGAGACACUAUCCAAAGUUGCAACGACAGAAAGCUAUCCAGUUCAAAUUCCACUCAAUCCCACACCUUCAAAAGCAUGGAACGAUGUGGAGCGAGAGAAAUCAGCUGAAAACACAUUUGUUAUGGUGGAUCCAGAAGAUAGGUCCUCCUCCAGUAUGGCCACACAACCAUACUCACCGUCCAGUAAGAUGGAAUGGAUAAUUCCAUUGGUGGUUGUCUCCGCAUUGACAUUUGUCUGCUUAAUUCUUCUUGUGGGUGUGCUAGUUUACUGGAGAAAGUGCUUUCAAACAGCGCACUUCUAUGUGGAAGAUAGCAAUUCACCACGGGUGGUUCCUAAUGAAAGCAUUCCCAUUAUUCCAAUUCCAGAUGAUAUGGAGGCCAUUCCAGUCAAGCAGUUUAUAAAGCACAUCAAUGAACUGUAUAACAAUAAUCAGCAUGGAUUUUCUGAAGAAUUUGAGGAAGUCCAACGCUGUACAGCUGAUAUGAACAUCACAUCAGAGCAUUCCAACCAUCCAGAUAACAAGCACAAAAAUCGAUACAUCAACAUUGUAGCAUAUGAUCACAGUAGAGUUAAGCUACGGCCAAUACCAGGAAAAGAUUCAAAGCACAGUGACUAUAUAAAUGCCAACUAUGUUGACGGUUACAACAAGUCAAAAGCCUAUAUAGCUACACAAGGCCCCCUUAAGCCCACAUUUGAAGAUUUUUGGAGAAUGAUCUGGGAACAAAAUACAGGAAUCAUUGUUAUGAUUACAAAUUUAGUGGAAAAAGGAAGACGAAAAUGUGAUCAGUACUGGCCCAGUGAAAACAAUGAAGAGUAUGGCAACAUAAUUGUCACGCUGAAGAGCACAAAAGUGAGGGCAUGUUGUACUGUACGUCACUUCACCAUACGGAACACGAAAGUUAAAAAGGGCCAAAAGGGUAACCCCAAGGGACGUCAGAAUGAACGCAUGGUUAUCCAGUAUCACUACACUCAGUGGCCCGACAUGGGGGUACCAGAGUAUGCACUUCCUGUACUCACGUUUGUAAGAAAAUCAUCUGCAGCUCAAACACCAGACAUGGGACCAGUGGUGGUACAUUGCAGUGCUGGCGUUGGUAGAACUGGAACAUACAUUGUGCUUGACAGUAUGUUGAAACAGAUAAAAGAUAAAAGCACAGUUAAUGUUCUAGGUUUUCUCAAACAUAUCAGGACCCAGAGGAACUAUCUUGUCCAAACAGAGGAACAAUACAUUUUUAUUCAUGAAGCCUUGCGGGAAGCAAUACAUGGAAAAGAAACAGAAGUACCUUCUACUCAGCUACAUGGUUACGUCAACAGUAUUUUAAUUCCAGGUCUUUCUGGGAAGAUGAGGCUGGAGAAGCAGUUCAAGUUGGUAACUCAGUGUAAUGCAAAAUUUAUAGAAUGCUUCAGUGCCCAGAAAGAAUGCAACAAAGAGAAGAACAGGAACUCCUCCGUCGUGCCAUCUGAACGAGCUCGGGUAGGCCUCGCACCAUUACCUGGGACCAAAGGAACUGAUUAUAUCAAUGCCUCCUACAUCAUGGGGUACUACAGAAGCAAUGAAUUUAUUAUUACUCAGCAUCCUUUGCCACACACAACGAAGGACUUUUGGCGAAUGAUUUGGGACCACAAUGCACAAAUUAUUGUUAUGUUACCGGACAACCAUGGACUUGCCGAGGAUGAAUCUGUGUACUGGCCAAGCCGUGAAGAAUCCAUGAAUUGUGAAGCUUUUACUGUAACCCUCAUCAGCAAAGACAUCCUGUGCCUCUCUAAUGAAGAACAAGUCAUCAUCCAUGAUUUCAUCCUGGAGGCAACACAGGAUGAUUACGUACUGGAAGUGCGUCACUUUCAGUGUCCAAAAUGGCCCAAUCCAGAUGCUCCUCUGAGUAGCACCUUUGAACUUAUUAAUGUAUUAAAAGAAGAGGCCUCAACCAGAGAUGGACCAACCAUUGUUCACGAUGAGUUUGGAGGCGUCUCUGCUGGGCUGUUCUGUGGCCUUACCACUCUUUCACAGCAGUUGGAGUGUGAAUCUGCUGUGGAUGUGUACCAGGUUGCAAAGAUGAUAAACCUUAUGAGGCCAGGAGUUUUCACAGACAUUGAGCAGUAUCAGUUCCUAUAUAAAGCAAUGCUCAGCUUAAUCAGCACAAAAGAGAAUGGGAAUGGCCUCUCAUCAUUUGACAAAAACGGCACCAUCAUUAUCACUGAUGAAUCAGAUCCAGCCGAGAGCAUGGAAUCUCUUGUGUAAUAUGAAGCUUUUUGCAAAUGGCACUUCAUUUGAAAAAUGUUUAAGGACUGAAUGAACUUUUGAGGCCUUUAUUGCCAGGUUCCAAUUUUACUGACAACCUGACUGUACUUUUCACAGUGAUGAGAGUUUCAAUGUUUUAACCAUUCUGAAUCUUACUGUUAUCCUGCUGAGUAUUUGCACCUCUUAGCUUCACAAAACAAAAUCUCAAUUCAUUCUAGUUUGCACUAUUUGAUCAGUGUUACAGGCGAUUAAUACCUAGGACAAAAUCCCAAAACUCCACAAAGCUAUACUGUCUGCAAUCUUUCAUUAGCUGUGUGCAUAGGAAGAUGGAAUUUGAGUUUAGAGAUAGCUUUACAGUAAUUUUGCAAACAGAAGCAUUCUACAUUUUGGCAACACACAUCAAAGUUGCUGGUGAACGCAGCAGGCCAGGCAGCAUCUGUAGGAAGAGGUGCAGUCGAUGUUUCAGUCCUGACGAAGGGUCUCAGCCUGAAACGUCGACUGUACCUCUUCCUAGAGAUGCUGCCUGGCCUGCUGCGUUCACCAGCAACUUUGAUGUGUGUUGCUUGAAUUUCCAGCAUCUGCAGAAUUCCUGUUGUUUGCAUUCUACAUUUUGGUUGGAGAUUGGUUCAGAUGGCGCCCUCUUUUAUGCAUAAAUGGUGUAAUUUUAGAUAUCAUUUGAAGUAAUACAUUAUGUGAGCCUGGCAAAUCUUUGCGAAAUGCCUGUGAUACAACUUUACAUUCCAGUGAUCAGAGUAUAAAAAUUCAAAACAAAACUCUUUAUAAAUUGGAUUUGCUAUGCCAGGGGUAUGGGUAAAUCAAUUAAAUUGUCAAUUUCUAACAAUGUUACAUUAGUAAUGUAACAGGUUGUAACUGGAUAUUUAUGGAGAAAUGCUGACUUUUUGCAUAUAGCUGAAAAGUAAUAAAUCUCUUAAGGGAAACAGUCAUAUUGCAUGUAAGAUGCAGAACUGCUAAGCCCUUUGAAGGAUUAAUAAAAAUGCAUAGUCAGUUUCUUUUACAAGGAUGUGAGCGUUGAUAUUAGAAAAGAUAGAUUAACAUGUGAAUUAGAUAAGUGCAAAAAUGACAGAUCAUUUGAUAAUAAUAGUUACACCAUUACUUAUAUAAAGGCUUCACCAAUAAUGUAGCAGAUUUGCCUGCUCAAUACUUGUCAUUUUAAAAUAUUUUUUUAAAAAUCUCAGAUCAUAUAAUGUCGAUGGAACAAACUUUUUAACUUACCAAAGAUAUAAAGUAGUUCUCAGCAGAAUGUAGUCAUUCUUUUCUUUCCCAGAAAUACAGUUUUAAUUGUCUUAUUAAUUAUUUUUAAAAUGUCUCUUCAGUCCAGGGUGCACUUUUUUAUUUGUAAGCUCAAUAAAUGACUCAAUAAGAUGAAUGUUAAUAUUAUCAAGAUGCCAGUUCGUAUUUUUAUGAACAUUUCUGCCUAGCGAAUAAACUUUCACACAGAUAUACAGUACAUACCUUAAUUGCAAUGUAGAAUCUCUCUAUGGUUUCUCUUUUUAAGGAGCAGACCAUAUUUGUACAUAAGAUUCAUUUGUGAUAGUCAGUUAGUUCUCUGCAGUUGUAGUUUUGUUCUCAUGAAUGGGAAGAAUACGGCAAUGCUGGACAGAAUUUGCUGUAAUAUUUCUCUUCGACAUGACACCCUUAAAGAAAACUGCUACCUGGAAGUAAAAACAAAAGUUUCAAAAUUUUAUGUAUUAAAAAGAGGUAUUUUCACAAAGUAGGAGACAUUUUCUAUACAAACUAAACAUUUUGAAGGGGCAAACACAAAUCAGACUUUUAGGCAAUUAAAAAGCUUGAACUGUUUUCAAGAAAAUCUAUCUAUAUAAUAAAAAAAAGAAAAAAAACUUUUCUCAACAAAGUGGAGAUAUUUGAAUUUUCUUUUUAACCUCAUGGUGUAGUUGUCUUCAAAAAUAAUUUUGUUUCUGUGUUUUAGGCAAAUGCAUUCAUAGAUCAUAUACCACGUCCUGAAGAUCAUAAUCUACAUUCAUUCUUAAAGGUAGCAGACAAAUCAAAUUGUAAAUAUUUUGUGCUUUGCAGGCAUCUUAUGGGGACUUUGUAUCUAUGUUAUAUAAUCACAGAAUUUUAUAUUUUCAUAUAAAGCUAAUUUUUUUCUAGUCUCAACUCCUUCAUAGUUUUGUGGUGGCUAUGUCGAAAGCUGUAUGUGCAUUGAGCAGUACCAUGAAUACAGUGUCAUCACAUUUCAAAGGCAUUUAACAUUUAUUACUUCUUGGGGCAGUGGUCGUCAAAGUUGCAGGUAUUUUCAACUAUAUCGUUGGUGUGUGCAAUAGGAAUAGACCUAGGCAGUUACUGAACAAGUUUGUCUCAUAACCCAUUUGAAAAUGUGGUGUUUUGUAACUUGAAAAAAUCUGCUUUUUCUGUUGGAAACUACAGUAAAUUGUUCUAUUAUAGUGUUAUUUAAUAUGUAAAUUGUAUUCCUAUACAUGAAAUAAAGUAUGGGUUUUGAUGGA